AUGCCCAACUCCCUGGAUCAGCUCAAGGCCACCGGCACGGUCGUCGUGUCCGACUCUGCCAUUGGCAAGUACAAGCCUCAGGAUGCCACCACCAACCCCUCCCUCAUCCUCGCCGCGUCCAAGAAGCCCGAGUACGCAAAGUUGAUGGACGUGGCCAUCGACUACGCAAAGUCAAAGGGCGGCUCCAUCGACUCAAAGGUCGACCACGCCCUGGAUCGCCUCCUCGUCGAGUUUGGCAAGGAGAUUCUCAAAAUCAUCCCCGGCAAGGUCUCCACCGAGGUUGACGCCCGCUUCUCCUUUGACACAAAGGCCUCUGUCGACAAGGCCCUGCACAUCAUCGACCUCUACAAGGAGCAAGGCAUCUCCAAGGACCGGGUCAUCAUCAAGGUGGCCUCCACCUGGGAGGGCAUCAAGGCCGCCGAGAUCCUCCAGCGCGACCACGGCAUCAACUGCAACCUGACCCUCAUGUUCUCUCUCGUCCAGGCCAUUGGCGCCGCCGAGGCCAACGCCUACCUCAUCUCCCCCUUUGUCGGCCGCAUCCUCGACUGGUUCAAGGUCGCCAACAAGAAGGAGUACUCCAAGCAGGAGGAUCCCGGUGUCGUCUCCGUCAAGAACAUCUUUGACUACUACAAGAAGUUUGGCUACAAGACCAUCGUCAUGGGCGCCUCGUUCCGCAACACGGGCGAAAUCACCGAGCUCGCCGGCUGCGACUACCUGACCAUCUCUCCCAACCUACUCGAGGAGCUCAUGAACUCGAACGAGGCCGUCCCCAAGAAGCUCGAUUCCGCCGGCGCCGCGUCCCUCAAGCUCGAGCGCCGGUCGUACAUCAAAGACGAGGCCCUCUUCCGCUUCGACUUCAACGAGGACCAGAUGGCCGUCGAGAAGUUGCGUGAGGGCAUCAGCAAGUUUGCCGCCGACGCCGUCACCCUCAAGGACAUUCUCAAGGCCAAGCUCUCGUGA